AUGGAAAAGGCACUUCAUAUGUGGAUCGAAGAUCACGCGCAGAAGAAAAUACCCUUGGAUCAGGAAUUAAUAAGGGAGAAAGCUUUGAGCCUUUACCUUUGGUUAGAGAAGAAUGAGCCGUCUUCAAGUAAAAAGAAAGACUUUACCGCGAGUAAGGGAUGGUUUUAUAACUUUAUACGUAGUAAUUCCAUUCGCAACGUUAAAAUCAAGGGUGAAUCCGCAUCGGCCGAUGUUUCGGCUGCAAAUAGUUUUCCUCCAAAGCUCGCUAAGAUCAUAAAAGAAGGUGCGUAUCAUGGUGACCAAGUGUUCAAUGGAGAUGAAACGGGUCUUUUUUGGAAAAGAAUGCCGUCUCGUACCUACAUUACGCAGCAGGAGCAAUAUGCCAGUGGUUUCAAAGCGGCCAAAGACAGGGUUACCCUGUUAUUUUGCAGUAAUGCUUCAGGCGACCUUAUGUUGAAACCGCUAUUGAUCAAUCGUGCUAUGACGCCCCGCUCGUUGAAGGGGGCUGAUUUCAACAAACUGCCAGUGCACUGGAAAGCUAACACUAAAGCGUGGGUCACAAAAGCCGUUUUUGAGGAAUGGUUUUACGAUAUGUUUAUUCCGGAAGUGAAAACAUACUUGGAAGGAAAAGGUUUGGAGUUCCACGUGCUUUUGAUUUUGGAUAACGCUCCAGGACACCUAGUUAUCAAGCACCCAAACGUUCAAGUUGUGUUUCUUCCACCGAAUACAACUUCUUUGUUACAGCCUCAAGAUCAAGGAAUAAUUGCUGCUUUCAAGAAGUUGUACAUUAAACAAUGUCUUCGGUACAUCCUCGAAAAGCUUGAAAGCGAUGAAACGAUGACGGUAAUUUAA